AGUAAAAUGGCAGCCAAGUCAGAUGAAGGUGGCGAUAGCAAACGGCGUAUUAAAAUUUCAGAGCUUCCAGUAUAUGGCAACCCAGAUGUGAAGGUUAAAGUUCUGCCAGAAGACAUAGGGAAAUUUCGUGAAGGUAUAUCAGUGGUUCGUGGAGCAGUGUGGAACUGGCUUGAUUCAAUACAGGGUACCACAGAAAAAGUUAAAGACACAUAUGAAAUUGGAAAAGCUCACACUCAAUCUACUGUAGACUACAUACAAAAUGAUGAAGGUGUGUUACCUAGGCUGGCUGUGAUUGGUGUGUCCGGAUUGGCGGGAAUAGUUCUCGGAUAUAAAGGAGGUCCUAUGAGAAAAGCUGCUUUUAGUACAUUUGCUGUGAUAUCAGCCACAUCAUUGUGUUAUCCUAAAGAAGCAGUUGCCUUAACAACUGGGCAGUACGAAAAACUCAGAAACAAAGUUCAAGAAUUAAGAGGAAAAAGUGACUCGGAUGACAAGAGCUCCUAGCCAAGUGUGACUUUAUUAUGUAAUUCAGUUUAUAACUAAAAUACAUCAAGCUUGAGGAAUUUGAAAUCUUUCAGUGCAUAGGAAUGGAAUAGAACUACCACAAAAAUACUUUUUAUGUUGAGGGCUUGAAAAAAAUGCUUAUUACAGCUAACCAGAUAAUUACAAGUUUAUUAUUUGGUUGCCCAUGCUAUUGUUUAAAUAUUUAAAUACAGAAAAGGCAGUAAUGAAAUAACAGAAGACUUACAGAGAUUUUCAAUGCAUUUACUUAUGUCACAUUAUUUCAUACAGAAAAUGUUCUUACUACAAACUAUAUUUAUUUGACUCCUAAAUUGAUGCUACUUUCUUACAUAAAACUCCAAUUAUUUUACUUCUGCUCUGAAAGUGGCAGAAACAAGUGUCAGGUCACUGAGACCCUCUUGCUGGCGCUGGGGAUUACAUGAACAUUAAAUGUGCUGUUUGACAUUUACAGUACUUCGGUAUUUUGUCACUGUUACACUAGAUUUGAUACCAUUAUUCAUGUUUCGAUCUAUAGAGAACAGUUGGGUUCUGACAAAUCCCACUUAGUUAUUUGUUGUUUUGACGUUUCUGAAAAAAUUAUGUAUCAUAUAAUUCAAAUAAAUGUGUUAAAGAUA